AUGGGUUACAAGAUGUGUGAUCUGUACAAGCUUCUACGCGGGUGUAACCUUGAUCUCUCCGACUAUUUGUCGCUUCCUCCGAGGAAAAGGCUUCGAACACAUGAGGCCAUAAAGGCAUCAGAACCUGCGGAAUUCACCAAUAUCGCUGCCGUUUAUCAACUGGAUGAUGAGGAAAUUUUGGGGGAGUUUUUGGCGGUCUUGAAGGAACAGGCAAGGUGAGAAAAAAAUCGACCAAAAAUUUCUAUUUUUUUCAAAAAAUUUUUUAAAAAAGUUUAAAAAAGUCAUUCACAGACUCUCUAAAUUUUAUUUGGAUAAAAAUUCAGAGACCCUGAGGCAUUUUUUAAGCUGUUAUUUCUACUUUUUUUUAAAAUCAUCAAAUUUUAAGCCUAAAAUUUUUAAAAAAUCCCCGUUUCCCCCCUUAUUUCCUUCAUUUUUCAGCAAAUCCUACCUCAACAUCAAUUUCCUCCCAAUUCUCGACGAAUCAGAGUCCCUUUCAUCCAAUGAUGAGGCCCUACUCACCACCUGCAAUAACAUUUUUUACAUUUCUUUGGAUGAACAAGUCGAUUUGGACCGACUUUUUCAAAUCAUCCCUUCAAAAAUCCCAAUGACGAUCAUAACUCUGAAUGAAGAGAAAAUGAGGGAAAUGGGCGAUUACAGUUAUUGCAAUGAACUGUUGAGGACGUUGAGAGAGCUGGAUGUAAAUAAUGGAAAAUUUGAGAAAGUUUCGAGAAUCCAAAUUAAUGUCAUCAAGGCCAAGGAGAAUGUCGAAAAUGGGUAAGUAGACGCGUAGAUUUAAAAUUCAAACUUAUUUUGACUUUUAAUAAGCUCGUUUGUCUGCAUUACGGCUAAAAAGAAAGUCAAAUUUUCAAAAAUUUAAAUUCCCGCCAUUUUUGGCAUUCCGUUCUAAUGGUGAAUAUAGGCGCGAGAUGUCUUUUUAUUCGUUCUAUGAUCUCUACCAAUUCUAAUUAAGGCUUAAUUUAAUUACUGUCAUGUGUUUUCGACCUAAAACAGCUGUUUAUUUGGAACAAUACCUGACGUUAAGACCUUGUGCAUAAACUUUGCUCCCAAAAACAUUUCUUUCAAUUCUCACAUCUUAAAAUCAUUCCUACAUCCUGCCUAUUUUAGUCAAGAAUCCUUCUCGCUCUUCUCCGCCCACGACAUUUACAUUGGCGAAGAAGAUUCGGCCCGAGUUUCCUAUAUUGAACUAGGUGUUGAUGAUGACCCAAUCGUCAAACAAAAGAAUAGUGGAAUGUUCAUCCGUCUCGAGCAGAACCUCAACACCCUUAGGGUUGCACAGGAGCAGCGGCAUGAGCCCGACUUCAUCUCUGCCACUCAUGUUCAGCAUCUUUUGGAGACCAUGAUGGAGAUGGGCUAUGACUUCAAAGCCCCGAAAAAUAUGGAAAAUGAGGAAAUGGAAGGGGAAAAUGAUGGUAAAAAUGGAGUAACAGGCUUGAGAAAGGAUAUGAAAGAUGAAAAUGACAACAUUUUUGAUGAUGAAGUGCCCAGUUCGUCGAUUGAAAUGGACAGUCAAAUUUUGGCGGAGAAGUUCAAUGGGCAAAUAAAACUGAGAAAUAGCGAAAGUGGUAGGUGAAAUGCGAUAAACACAGUUUAUUAGGAUAUUUAUCAUAGGGUAAUUAUCCAAAUUUUUGAAAAAUUUGCGAUUUUUCCUUUGAAAAUUAGGCCUAAAAUGGAAAUUUUUAAAAAAUCCAAUUUUUGAUGACUUUUUUUCACUUUUUCACAAAAAUUUCCAAAAAGCAUCAAUGGAAAGUAUCUCAAACCAAGUCAGCAAUAACGCAUAAGCUCUCUUCUAACCCCACACCCAUUUCAGGACUGCAUUACCGACUUCGCGAGCCCAUUUUCAACAACACAUUCCAAGAGAUCCGGCCAUUCGGCGGCUUCCGCACAAUGUUCGUCCGCUCCAAGUGCACACAUGGCGUCGUGAUCGUGGACGGCAUUCGCGAAUUCAAGUUCAACAACGGCGAUGAGAUUGUGUUGAAGACGGAUCGCGAUUUGCGAGUUCAACGGGUCUAUCUGUAA